ACUUUCUUAUCAUCAAAUAAUUUUCUUCCUCAAAAAGUAAGAAACUCCACGAGGUAUCUCUCACUCCUUUUCCCUCACCAGGGGAAGGUCGCUUCUCUCUCGUACCUCUCUCUGUACCCAUAGCCAUCUCUAUAUAAUCAUCACCUGCAACAUUUUCAAGUAUUCAUUGAUUCCUAUUGGUCACAGAUUCAUAUUUGUGAUUUGGGUUGGUAGAAAGUACAGUCAUGGACUUGGGAUGGCUGGUGAAUUUCUUGAAGGGUAUGGUGAAGCCAGUUUUGGCCUUGGCGGUGGUGCUCAUGGCGGUCAUCUUAUCUUACUGGCAAAAACUGGAUUUGGGGUGGGAAAUGGUGUACUCGAUUUUCAGGGCUUUUGUUCAGCUCUCUGUCAUUGGGUUUGUUCUUCAAUUCAUCUUCACUCAGAAAAAUGUCAGCUGGAUUAUCCUUGCUUAUCUUUUCAUGGUUGCCGUUGCUGGUUAUACAGCAGGUCAACGUGCCAAACACGUUCCUAAGGGGAAGUAUGUUGCAGGAGUCUCCAUUCUCGCUGGAACUGCGGUGACCAUGUUGCUGCUAGUUGUGCUGAACGUUUUCCCUUUCACUCCAAGGUACAUCAUCCCAGUUGCAGGGAUGAUGGUUGGCAAUUCAAUGACAGUCACUGGGGUUACCAUGAAAAGACUCCGGGAUGAUAUUAAGGUCCAAAUGAACUUGGUGGAGACAGCAUUAGCUCUUGGGGCUACUCCUCGUCAAGCAACAAUUCAACAAGUGAAAAGAGCUCUAGUUAUUGCCCUCUCUCCGGUCUUGGACAAUGCCAAAACCGUGGGCCUUAUAGCGCUUCCCGGAGCAAUGACUGGCCUUAUAAUGGGAGGAGCGUCUCCUCUAGAAGCCAUUCAACUACAGAUUGUCGUGAUGAACAUGCUUGUUGGGGCAUCAACUGUUUGCAGCAUCAUGUCAACAUACCUCUGUUGGCCAGCCUUCUUCACUAAGGCCUACCAGUUAGAAACCAAGGUCUUUGCUGCCGAAUGAGGUUGGUUUUAGUUUUGUUUUAUUUUAUUGUCAUCCCUGCCAAUUGUGAUAAAAUUCAUGAAUGAACAAACCAAUCUUCUCCCUGAAAUGUUCUAGCAUCUUUCUGGGAUGGUUUCUGCUAAUACUGCUCUACUUCAAAAUCCAUUUAUUAUUCAAUCUCCAAGAAAAAUAUGAAGUUGGUGUGAGAAA